CCCCAAUCUUCUGCUAAAUAUCUGUUAUAGUUAUGAAUCUUCAUUUUUUCUAAAUGACAUGUUAAUAUACACAAAUAUUGGUACUGGAGUGAUGAACACCCGCAUAUUAUUCAAGAAGUUCAUACUCAAUUAUUGGUUCUUUAUUUAAUGAAGGAAACUUGCAAGGCGAUCUGUCCCUUAAUAUGCUUGCAGAGAUUAUUGAUCCUCUUAUAAACUCACGAGCUAGGAACAAACUGAUGCAGAAGGCUUCCAUUAUUGGAGCGAAAACUGGAAAAGUUUUGUAUGUUUCUUCUAAAAGUAAGUAUUGUCCUAAUUGUGCUCGAGCUUUAACUAAAAACAUAAAACCUGCAACUCAUAAAUGUUCAAAAAAUUGGGAUGUUUCGUCGACUUCUAUGGAAUCGGAACUAAUUUUAGAAGGAUUCCUUAAUAUUAUAAAAAUGCACAAAUUAAAAUAUGUUAAAAUUAUUGUGCAGUGUUUACCAAAAAAUUUGCUUAGAGAGACUCUACGGAAGAACAAUGGUUCGUAAAGUAGAAUGCAUA